AUGCCUGGACACAAGGGUCCCAGCCUGAAGAGGCUGCUGGAGUCCCAGCUGGAGACGCCUCAGGUCAGGAAGCAAGUAGUGCGACGCCUCCUUGAGAGGGUACAUAAGUAUUUAGAACUGUGGAAAAGAGGAGGAAAAGAAAUGUCUCAUGCCCAUCAGAAAGGGGACUUGAUCCCCGCAGAGGAAUUGGACGCCUACGGUGUAAUCACCAUGGCCCUGAUUUCUUUCCAGUCCGACACCAAGUCGGAAGAGGCUCCUCAGAAUCAGCCAAUCAGUGUCCGUGACACUCCCGGUAAUAAACUGAUGGCAAUAGCUUCCUUCAGUAUGUGGGAACCGCGACCCCUCCUGCUGCUGCUCUCGGGGGCCCUGGCCCUGACCCAGACCCGGGCGGGCUCCCACUCCCUGCGGUACUUCUCCACCGCCGUGUCCCGGCCCGGCGGGGAGCCCCGCUUCAUCGCCGUCGGCUACGUGGACGACACGCAGUUCGUGCGCUUCGACAGGGACUCGGCGAGUCCGAGGAUGGAGCCGCGGGCGCCGUGGGUGGAGCAGGAGGGACCCGAGUACUGGGAGCUGAACACGCGGAUCGCCAAGGGCAACGCACAGACUUUCCGAGUGGCCCUGAACACCCUGCGCGGCUACUACAACCAGAGCGAGGCGGACUCUCACACUCUCCAGCUAAUGUCCGGCUGCGACGUGGGGUCCGACGGGCGCCUCCUGCGCGGGUACUGGCAAUCCGCCUACGACGGCGCCGACUACAUCGCCCUGAACGAGGACCUGCGCUCCUGGACGGCGGCGGCGGGCACGCAGGCUUGGAGAACCCAGCGCAAGUGGGAGCAGGUGGCCGCGGCUGAGUACCACAGGAACUACCUGGAGGGGGGGUGCGUGGACUGGCUCCGCAGAUACCUGGAGCACGGGAAGGACACGCUGCUGCGCGCAGAAGCCCCCAGAAGAUACUUCACCCGCCACUCCUUCUCUGACCAGGAGGUCACCCUGAGGUGCUGGGCCCUGGGCUUCUACCCUGCCGACAUCACCCUGACCUGGCAGCGUGAUGGGGAGGACCUGACCCAGGACACAGAGCUGGUGGAGACCAGGCCUUCAGGGGAUGGAACCUUCCAGAAGUGGGCGGCUGUGGUGGUGCCUUCUGGAGAGGAGCAGAGAUACACGUGCCGUGUGCAGCACCAGGGGCUGCCGGAGCCUGUCACCCUGAGAUGGGAGCCCCCUUCUCAGCCCACCAUCCUCACUGUGGGCAUCAUUGUCGGCCUGGUUCUCCUCGGGGCUGUGGUCACUGGAGCUGUGGUGGCAGCUGUGAUCAGCAGGAGGAAGCACUCAGGUGAGAAAGGAGGACAGUACACUCAGGCUGCAGGCAGCAAAAGUUCCCAGGGUUCUGAUGAGUCCUCUCUUGAACCCUAGAGUGUGAGACAGCUGCCCCGCUGGGUUCCUCAAGUCCCAAAGUUGUGACUCAAGAACUGCUGAUUCUCUUUCUGCCCUUGGACCUGAGUGUGUCUGUGUCCUGUCACACACUGUGAGGGGGGAGAC